AUGACGUUUUGUAUUAUUUCAAAAUCCCACCUGAACAAAUCUCACUUCCCAGAUUCUUCAAAGAAAAAUGCAGAUCAGCACUCAUCAACUGGCAGAGGGCUUAGCCUUGGUGUUCAAAGUUUUAGCAGUGCAUCUCAAAGAUAUUCAAGCCAUUGUCAUUCUCUGAAUAAUUCAUCUGAUGAGACUUGUUCUGUUCUCCAGUCAAGCAGUCUUCAUCACUGGUUCAAAAACUGCCAAGAAUCAAGGAAGCAUAAGUUGACAGCAAGCACUUUUGCUGGAGCUAUUGGUUUUUGGCCUCAUCGAAGGGUCCAGCUCUGGUUAGAGAAAACUGGGGCAACUGAACCAUUUUCUGGUAACCUGGCUACGUGUUGGAGCAAUAUUAAAGAAGAGGAAGCCCUCGAAAGAUACAUCAUAAAGGAAAAGAAAUAG